GUGCGGGCCGGGCGAGAGCUACCGCGCUGGCCCCUCGUGGCGUGGGGAAGUGAAGCCAGCGAAGGGGGAAGUUGUUGGAAAGUCAGACCGGAAUGGCUGAGAGGGAAGGCAGCGCUGGGCUUGGUCACAGAUGGUUCCUGUUGGGGGAAGAGCAAGGGCGCAGCUGCCUGGUCCCACGACAUUAUCGCCACCAUGCAGCUGCUCGCCUUUCCCUCUCCCCCUGGGACGCGGCUCCCCUUCCACCACAUCCCUGCCCGUCACAUGAGCACCCACAACGCCUUGCAAGGCACGCGCCGGGGCAGCCAGCGGGACGGCACGGCGGCCCGGAGCAGGCAAUAAGGACCAGUAGCGGCUACCAGCAUCUUGAGCCAGCGCGGCGGUUCCCCAGCGGACAGUGCCUCUGGGACUGGGGGCGUCGGGGAGGAACGCGGGCCGCCCCCUUCCCCAUCGCUCGGGGAGCCGGGGGAACGGCACCGACUUUGCCCGAGAGCUCGUGUCUGGAGAGACCCUGUCCUGUCUCCUGCGGGGUCUGGCAGAGGGGAGCAUUUCUGGAGCCUGCCAGCAGCUCCUCCAUCUGCAAUGGCCGGAGGAUCCUCCAAGCUGGAGAGCCACCCGUCUUCGUGCGCAGGCCACGCUGCCAGGAGAAGCGGCCGAGAUAACGCAGAGAAGACGGCAGCCACGAUGCCCGACUCACCGGCCGACGUGAAGACUCAGUCCAGAGCGACGCCACCCAACAUGCCUCCUCCUCCGCCGGCCGUCACGCAGGGUGCCACGCGGCACCCCUCCUUCACGCCAAACACCAAUCGAGAAGCCGGGCCCCCGACGUUUCUGCCCCGCGGCCGUUUUCAGGGUUGCUUGAAAUGGUCGAUGGUCUGUCUCUUAAUGAACGGAAGCAGCCACUCCCCCACGGCCAUCAACGGAGCGCCCUCGACCCCCAACGGGUUCAGCAACGGGCCGGCCACCUCGUCCACGGCCUCCCUGUCCAACCAUCAGCUGCCCCCGGCCUGCGGCGCCCGCCAGCUCAGCAAGCUCAAGCGCUUCCUGACCACCCUGCAGCAGUUUGGCAACGACAUCUCCCCGGAGAUCGGGGAGCGCGUCCGCACCCUGGUGCUGGGGCUGGUGAACUCCACGCUGACCAUCGAGGAGUUCCACUCCAAGCUCCAGGAGGCCACCAACUUCCCGCUGCGCCCCUUCGUCAUCCCCUUCCUGAAGGCCAACCUGCCCCUGCUGCAGCGCGAGCUCCUGCACUGCGCCCGCAUGGCCAAGCAGACCCCAGCCCAGUACCUGGCCCAGCACGAGCAGCUGCUGCUGGACGCCAACGCCUCGUCCCCCAUAGACUCCUCUGAGCUGCUGCUGGAGGUCAACGAGACGGGCAAGAGGAGGACGCCAGACAGCAUCGCCGUCUCUCCUCCCCGGGCCAGGACCAAAGAGAACGGCGUGGACCGCGACCCCCUGCACCCCGAGCACCUCAGCAAGAGGCCGUGCACGAUGAGCCCAGCCCAGCGGUACAGCCCCAGCAACGGGCUGAGCCACCAGCCCAAUGGGCUGCCCCACGCCGCUCCCCAGCUGCCCCAGCACUACCGCCUGGAGGACAUGGCCAUGGCCCACCACUACCGCGAUGCCUACCGGCACCCCGACCCCCGCGAGCUCCGCGAGCGCCACCGGCAAGCGGCUGUGCAUGGCGCCCGCCAGGAGGAGGUGAUCGACCACCGGCUGACCGACCGGGAGUGGGCCGAGGAGUGGAAGCACCUCAACAAUCUGCUCAACUGCAUCAUGGACAUGGUAGAGAAGACGCGGCGGUCGCUGACUGUGCUGCGUCGCUGCCAGGAGGCCGACCGUGAGGAGCUCAACCACUGGAUCCGCCGCUACAGCGACGCCGAGGACAUGAAGAAGGGCGCCAGCCCUGCCGCCCGCCCCCACAACAGCUCCUCCGCCCCCGAGCCGCCCCAGUUAGACGCUCACCGUGAGUUCGUGCCCAGGCCCCUCUCCGGUUACAUGCCCGAGGAGAUCUGGAGGAAAGCUGAAGAAGCUGUGAACGAGGUGAAGCGUCAGGCCAUGUCCGAGCUCCAGAAGGCCGUGUCGGACGCCGAGCGCAAGGCCCACGAGCUCAUCACCACCGAGCGGGCCAAGAUGGAGCGGGCGCUGGCGGAGGCGAAGCGCCAGGCAUCAGAGGACGCGCUCACCGUCAUCAAUCAGCAGGAAGACUCCAGUGAGAGCUGCUGGAACUGCGGGCGCAAGGCGAGCGAGACCUGCAGCGGCUGCAACACGGCGCGUUACUGCGGGUCUUUCUGCCAGCACAAGGAUUGGGAGAAACACCACCACGUCUGUGGGCAGACUCUGCAGGGCCUCCAGGCUCCGGCCGGCGCGGCCCCCUCUGCCGGGGUGGGCUUGGGGGUGGCCGCCGCUCAGCCGGACGUGGUCGCCGUCACCCCCUCCAUCACCAGCGUGGCCAUCGCGGCGAGCCCCAGCGAGACGGGCUCGUCCGCCGCGUCACGCUCCGGCACGCCGGCCACUCCGGCGCCUCUGGAAGCCACGUCCCGCUAAGUGACCUGGCCAUCGCCUGACUGACCAACAGAGGGGAAAGAAACAGAGGAAUCUACAAACCGUCACUGCUGCUACUGCUUCUCUCCAAAAGAAAACCAGACUGCAUUCAAUGCAACCUCCUCAGCUACCUGACUCAUGUUUGACCUCCAAAACGACCUCUCGAAUUCACAUAUAAUCCUCACGGAUCCUCACACUGGGCUUUAAAGUGGAGUUACGGCAAAUACCAAUCUUCUCCGUUCUCUCUUCGGUUCUUUUGGGUUUCUUUUCUCGGUAUGAUUUGGGGGAUGAUUAUCGUCGUCAUCGGUUUUUUCUUUUCUUCUUCCUUUUGUUUUUUCGGAUGUGGGAUUUGUCUGCCAACUCGACGCCUCUCGCCUCGGGGAGCGGGAGCCCUUCGGUCUCUGUCCCGCUGGAGACGUGUGGGCACGUGUGUGCGUGCGGGUAUGGAUGUGCACCAAACAGCUCUCUCGGCCUGGCCGGGGGGGAACGGCGUGACAAAGGAUUUCGGUUUCGGAAGGCAAGAAACUUCUUUUCGUCGUCUUUUUUUUUUUUUGUAAAAAAAAAAAAAAAGGAUAGAAAAUUAAAAAAAAAAAAAAGAGAAAAACCGUCAAACUCUUUGGCUUUAAGUAAAAACAGGAAAAAAAAAAGAAAAAGGAAAAAUCCCAAAAAAACAAACAAGCGAAGUGAAACCAAGUGAAGGAAGCUCACCUGUAAACUACCUUGCUAGCUAGCCAAGAACAUACCAGACUCACCUCUGCUCCAAAGGAAAUCCAAAAACAAACACAAAAAAAGACAAAAAACCCAAACUUUUUUUCCACUGCCAAAGUUUGUUUCGUUCCGUUGCCGUUGGUUCUUUUUGACCUUCCCGUUCCUUUUUCGGUUGGUUUUUCGCGAGACGAGGAACAGCGUUCGUUUGUUCCAACCAAACCACGACGACUGCUUUACCGGUGCCGGGCAGAGCCGGCCGCGUCGGACUCCUUGCGUUCCUGGGGGCGGCGGGGGCCGUCCCGGGCCGGACUCGGCUUCCGGACCUGCCUUGGAGGAGGACGGACGCAGCUCUGGGGAUGGAAAGAGUUUUGGUCCAAUAAAGCAAAAACAAAGCGAGCCGCCGAGGGCUUUGUGUGUGGGUGGGGGGGGCAUGCGUGCACGUGCGCGUGCAACGGGAAAGCCCUGCUCCCGGCUUCGUCUCUCUGUGGAUUAUAAAUGCCUAGGGAAGAGCCAGCGAGGAGGUCCGAGCCCCGGUCCUUGUCCAGAGAGAGCAUCGUUCCCAGCCGGACUGUGACAAUCCGUCGUCGGUUCUCCGCGUCUGGUCAGCGCGUGAGCAGAAGGCCGCCGGUACCGGUGCCGCCUGGCCCGCGUACUCCUUCACUACCUCUGCUGUCCAGAGCCCACCCCUCUCGCUCCGGCAUCUCUCCACGGCCGUCUUGGCUUCUUCCAAACUUCGCCAGGAAAAGAAAAGAAAGAGACGCCUUUUGUCCUCUCCCUUCGGAAGACUCUCGAUUUGCUUGUAGAUAGGUGUCCCCCCCGUCCCCCCUUGCUUUUGUGUCUAGCUCUUCUCCAGAUGUUUGCUCCAGUCCGGCGAUGAACAUGGCCAUUGGGUUCAUUUGGGUUGGUUCUUUUUUUUUAAUUUUAUUUUUUAAUUCGGUUCUGCUUUUCUUUGCUCCCCUUCCCUUUCCCUCCCCCAUCCGAUUCUGCGACGAUUUCUAGGAGGAAAUAAAGGAAAGGGGAAAAACAAACACUUUUUCUUAGAGAAGAGGAAAAAAAAAGAGAGAGAGAGACUGUCGAUUAUUUUGCAUUUCUUGCAUCAUUGUAUAAAGCGCAGAGGGCAGGAGUGCAAUAUGGAAAGUGGCAUGGCUACGGGAUGGGGGCAGCCCCGCCACGGCCAGGGCAGACACCCUGUAUGCUAAUGUGAAUGUACAUAGUCUUUGCAGAGGUCCAAAAAAACAAAAAAAAGAAUCCUAUGGAAGCUAAUAAAAGAAGAGACGUUUGCCAAAUACCAAGAGAAGCCACCGACGUGCGUGCAGUUUAGGAGCUAGGUUUUAAGAAAAAAGAAAAAAAAAAUGACAAAAAAACCACCCUUCUCCCCCUCCCCACAAACUCGGUGUGUUUAUUAGGAGCCUCAGUCCCGGACCCGCAGCCUCUGUCACGUGUGGUUUCUUUUUUAAAAAGAAAGAACAAAGAAAAAGGAAGGAUGAUUUUUUUUUUUUUGCAAAGUUCCCGGUCACUCGUCGCGGGGCAGGGCUGAGAGCAAGUGGCAGGAUGCCCGUGUGUGGAUAUGCUUUUCUCUCCCUUCCCCUGUCCUGUAGCCGGCCGUGGCCUGGUAGAGCCGUGGUCUGGGUCCGUGGCAGCUGGCGACGGGGGCUCGGGGUCAGGGGCUGCGUUCGGCUCCACCGUGCGUUGCCUCGGACCGGUGUGCUGCGCAGUGGUUCGCGUCUCCGUCGUGCUGUUUUCCUCCCCGGGUGGUCCAAGCUGGCAAAGACCCCCGUCUCUCACAGGCGCUUCCCCGCGUAGCAGGGUAGGGCCGUGAUGCCACGCGACUGUGUCUCCGGGCCCUGCGACCGUGUGUUGGAGGCUGGUUUGCUGCCGGGAGGGCUGUCGAAGGCACUGCACGGGCAUCGGCGUGGCUGUUGCAAGACAGACCCAGGCUGGAAGUGAGGGGUGGCAAGGAGCUGCCAUCAUGCCCUAGGGUCUGGCCUGUCCCUACUGCCCCCCACCCUGUCAACGGUCUGGGCAGAAGCGAGGGGGAGCUUUGGGGCUGAUUUCCACGGAGUCUGGGGCUCAGUUUCCCAGCUCUGAGUGCCCGUCAGUUCGGACCUUGCAUUUAUUUGCUAGUUUGCCACAACCAGAAGCCCCCUCACUCGCUAGCCCUGCUGUUCCCCAUCACGGUGACGUGUUGUCACAUGACCCUAGGAGCAGGGUACUCUGUCGGGGGCAUCGACUAGCAGUGGGGGGCAGCAAGAGAUGCACGUGACUCUUGGCUCACGCACCGGCCGGGCAUCCCUGGGUGACUCAGGGAAGCCAGUGUCGAAGCCCCCAGGUCCCAAGAAAGCAGCAGCCGCUUUCCAAAGCAAAGCCCACAUAGCCAGCAGAAACGUCCUGCCUCUGCAAAAGCCACUUCUUCGCCCGUGCUGUCCCGGGAGGAGCACAGCCAGAGCGCCACGCAGCUGGGCAGAGGCCCGGCGUCGGAGAGGGGAAGGCAAGGGCCUGUCAGCAUCCCCAAGCCUGAAGCUACCCAACCAGACCUGCCACCUGCACCAUCCAGGAUGCCCUACCAUGCAAGCUGGUAGGAGCUGCCCGGGCUCCCCAGCCGGGCCCCUCUAUCUCCAGCACGCCGGCAGUGCAGCUCAGAGCAUCAAGGAUGGCAGUUUGUGCAGGCACGUGGCAUUGCAACCCAAAGCUGAAAGCAGAGAGGGUCGGUGUCCUGGCAGCCUCCAGACCAGGUGGGCAGGGUGGGAACACGACAGCUUCCCAAACGGGAGCGGGAUGGCAGAAGGGAGAGUGGAGAGCUGCAAGAAAGGAGCCAGCGGCCAGCUCCAGACCAUAGGGGCAUCAGGGAGGGUCUGGGCUGAUCUGCUGGUGAUGGGUCAUGAGUCGUGACAUGGUCAACCUGUCUGCCCAGGUCCUGCGUGUUCCCGAUUCUUUGCUGUCAUCACCCCCAGGCUGCGUAAGAAGAGACCGAGACCAGGCCAAAGUUUUGGGGUGCCUGAUGCAGCAGCCACAGGCGUUGCUGGUGAUGGUUUUCCAUCAAGUGUGGCAGAGGAUGCGUGCAGGCAAGCCCAGGCUGGGGUCUCAGCACCCCAGGGGCUGCAGGACCGUGGCCUGUGGUGGGGCAGGGUGGUCUGACGGGGGAGCUCUACCCCCAAGCAGCGCUGGAGCCCAGGGGCAUGGGGGUACGGACAGGGUGGGAGCGAGGCGGCUGGUGCAGAGACAGGGGCUUUGUUGGGCUUUAAGCAUGACUCAUCACGGGCCCAUCUCCAUGGUGACCUCCUCUUCCUCAAUUUCCAAAUUGAAAUCCAAGCUGAAACCAAAGCAGCCCCUUCCUGCCAGGUCAGCCCACACCUCUGCCAUGGCAGCCCCCAUUCCCGGCCUGCGCUGCCUCGCUGCCAUGCUUGCUCCUCGACGGUCCAGGUUGCACCCUAGCGAGCCCCCCGUCCUGGGACGCCCGUACCCCCCAGUCUGUUCUCGUGGCUGAGCUCGCUGGGCAUGGUGCGCAGCACCCUGGCAGCUGCCCCCGGGACGGGGUCAGGGCUGCGGGAACCCACAGUGCUUGCAUCUCGUGGGCCAAAUGCCCCUGCCCCCCUCCUGCCUCUUGCAAGCAGCCAGACCCCAGGAGAGCGCAUCUCGGAGUCAUUAUGCGCAGGGCUGCUGGAUUAGGUGUGUGAUGCCUGCCCUCGGGGAGACCCCCCUGCCAUCCCCGGGUCCUGGCUGUCUUGAGGAGGGGCCUGGGGACCAACCAAGCCAUUUCCCGGCUUUUGGGUUGCUUGGGGAACUUCUCCGCAGCAAGCUCCCCUUGUCCGCAGCGUCCAAAAAGCAGAUGUAAACACGGAGCAGGGGAAACGGCCCCAAAUCCACCUGGAUUCAAGGCUUCUACUCAGCGGUUCCCGGGGUCCAGGCCGGCUCUAGCAGCUCAGCUGCAAUCCAGGAGGAUUUUGCUCAAAUCCUUGCACAAGAACCAAAGCCAACAGGAGUGCAAGGUGCUCUAGCAUCACCCCACCGUGGCUCGUGGCUUUGGAUGCAGCCAGAUUCAGGGGAGACCAGCCCAGCCCUGGGUGCAGCCCACCCUUGGGGCAACUCUGCCGUGCCAGCAGAUGUAUGCCAGGGGUGGGGGUGCCCCCUUGCCCCCCUCAUCUGCUGCAUACACACAUAGAGCCGGACAGCCGGCUGCCGCGUGAAACUGUGCAAUACUUGAACGGGAGGGAGGAGGGGUGCUGGGUGCCUCAGCACAUCCCAAAACCGCUCCGAGAAGGGAGAAAACAGAAACCCACCCCCACACACGCGCGUCCUGCCCUGCCCUGCCCUGCCCUGCCCUGCCCGCCCCGUCCCUGCUGUUUGUUGGUUUCCGUGGCCGUUGCAGAGAAAUGGCGCCGUGAUCGGAGUUUUUCGGCAUGCUGUCCCUUCCCCUCGCUGUUUCCUACGUGUACUGUAUGUUUGACCUGUGAAAGAUGUAAACAUUAUGAUUCAGGUUCUGUCUGUUCUUAACUCUGUAUCUGUGUAAUAAAGACGAUUUACUAUCA